AUUUUUUUUUAAAUUUAUUAAUGGUUCUGAGAAGAUUCACUCAAUAGUAUAAAAGUCUUUAUGCAUUUUGCAAAGUUGAAUCUUAUACAAUAAAACCUUAGAAUACAGUGAUAGAUUACAAGUUUUAUAAUAAGAUUAUAUUUAGUUAGAACAUUAACUUAUGAUCCAUAAUAGAAAAUUAAAUUUGAUUCAACAAACAGAUCAUUACUAUAUUAUUACAAGCCUUUGGUAUAGAAAUUUUAGAUAUAUUAUUCAGCUCUGGACGUAUUAAUUAUAAUAUUGGAUGUAUUUAUUUCCUAUGGUAUUGGUUGGUAAUGUGAUAAAGCAUAAUCCUUGUAAGAUAUAAUUUUAGAUGUUAGUUUAUACAACAUUUCCUGCAGCAUUGCCAAUGAUGUUUACAGUUGAGUUUUGGUGUAAGAAUAUUAACUAAAAUAGUGUUUUUGAGAUGGUUUAAGAAAUUUAAAUAUUUGAGAUAUGUUGUUUCAGAAGUCUACUUACACAAAGAUGGUCAAACUGUUGAAGUAGUAUUUGAAAAGAAAUUUUGGGUAAAUCAUAAACUCUCUAUAUAUAAAUUAGAGAAAAGUAAAAGAAUAAAAUGUUACCCAAAUAUUUUAUGUCACAAAUUUGAAGACUUUAGCUGGAGAUGAUAAGAGACCAUUAAAAGGAAAUCUAUUUCCAGACUAAUGGCCUUUUUAAAAAGGAAUGUCUAAAAAAUGGAGAUGGUCAUAUGUUAAAUAUUAUCUAAACUAAAAUAACUUUUUAGUAUUUCCAUCUAAUCCAAAUUAUGUUAAUGCCGAAGUAGAUAUCAGUUUCUAUUUUUAUAGAUUUUAAUUGCUGUAAUGAAUGGAAAGAUUAUAAAUACAUCAAAAUAGUAUGUAGAAGAUGUUUAAGGGGAUAUGUUACAAAUGAUUUAAGAAGAAAAAAUCAAAUCAGAUUCUAUUAUUUGAUUAAGCAUUAUUAUGCAUUUAACAUUUAUUAUUAGAG